AGCAUUUCGUUCGUCGGGAGGAUGCUGCGCUCCGUGAAGACGCUCCGCGUCCAUGCGUCCCUGACCAAGGUCAACGCGGCCCGCGCGUUCUCGGCCGCGAAGGAUCCGUACCGCCUCACGGACCAGUUUGCGCGUCGCCACAUCGGCGCGAGCGAGGACGAUACGGCGUUCAUGCUCAACACGAUCGGCGAGAAGUCGCUCGAGUCGCUCAUCAAGAAGACGGUGCCCAAGGAGAUCCGCCUCAAGAAGAAGCUCAACCUCCCCGCGCCCAUGUCCGAGAGCCAGGCCAUGGCCAAGCUCCGCAAGAUUGCCAAGAAGAACAAGACGUACAAGUCGUUUAUUGGUACGGGCUUCAACGACUGCUUGACGCCGUUCGCGAUCAAGCGCAACUUGCUCGAGAACCCGGGCUGGUACACGGCGUACACGCCGUACCAGGCCGAGGUGUCCCAGGGCCGCCUCGAGAUGCUUCUCAACUUCCAGACGAUGCUCAGUGACCUCACGGGCUUCCCGAUCGCUGGUGCGUCUCUCCUUGACGAAGGCACGGCGGCCGCCGAGGCCAUGGCGCUCUGCCACGGCGCCGCGAACGGCAAGCGCACCAAGUUCUUUGUCGCGUCCGACUGCCACCCGCAGACGAUCGCGGUUCUCAAGACGCGUGCUGAGGGUUUUGGCAUCGAUCUUGUCUUUGGUAACGCGCUCACGGACGCCGACUUUUCGAGCGGUGACUUUAGCGGGACCUUGAUCCAGUACCCCAACACGUACGGCUCGGUGGCCGACUACGAAGCGUUCACCAAGGCCGCGCACGACAACGGCACGAUGGUCAUUGUCGCGACGGACCUCCUUGCGCUCACGCAGCUCAAGCCGCCGGCUGAGUUUGGCGCCGACAUUGCGGUCGGGUCGGCCCAGCGCUUUGGUGUGCCCCUCUUCUUUGGUGGUCCCCACGCCGGCUUUAUCGCGACGACCGAGAAGCACCACCGCAAGCUGCCUGGCCGCAUCAUCGGUGUCUCCAAGGACUCGCGCGGUGAGCGCGCGCUCCGCAUGGCCAUGCAGACGCGCGAGCAGCACAUUCGCCGCGACAAGGCGACGAGCAACAUUUGCACGGCGCAGGCGCUUCUCGCCAACAUCGCCGCCAGCUACGCCAUCUACCACGGCCCGGACGGUCUUCGCCGCAUCGCGACGCGCGCCAACUUAAUGGCGUCGACGUUGGUCGCUGGCUUGAGCGAGCUCGCCCCCGGCGUCAAGCUCGUCAACGCGCACUUUUUCGAUACGAUCGAGCUCGACGUCUCGGGCGCCGGGCUCUCGGGCGCCGAGGUGCAGUCCCGUGCGAACGCCAAGGAGAUCAACGUGCGCGUCAUCAGCCCGUCGCGUGUCGGCGUCGCCUUUGGUGAGAGCGCGGACGUCAAGGACAUUGCGAAGCUCCUGUACGCGUUUGGCGUCAACGACUCGGUGAGCGACACGGCGGUGUACGGCUUUGGCGAGAAGGCCGCGGGUAUCCAGGCGUCGAGCAUUCCGGCGUCGCUGCGCCGGUCGACGCCGUUCUUGGAGCACCGCAUCUUCAACUCGAAGCACUCGGAGACGGAGCUCAUGCGCUACCUCAAGACGCUCGAGGACAAGGACCUCUCGCUCAACACGUCGAUGAUCUCGCUCGGGUCGUGCACGAUGAAGCUGAACUCGGUCGCGGAGCUCGAGCCGGUGUCGUGGAAUGAGUUUAUGAACGUGCACCCGUUUGCGCCCGUGGAGCAAACGAAAGGGUACCUCGAGAUGAUCGAGGGCCUGCACAAGGCGCUCGCCGAGAUUACGGGCUUUGCCGCGGUCUCGUCGCAGCCCAACUCGGGCGCGCAGGGCGAGUACGCGGGUCUCCUUGCGAUCCGCUCGUACCAAAAGUCGAUUGGCGAGGGCCACCGCAACGUGUGCUUGAUCCCGGUCUCGGCCCACGGAACGAACCCCGCGAGUGCCGUCAUGGCCGGCAUGAAGGUCGUCGUCAUCAAGUCGGACGCGGCCGGUAACAUUGAUCGCGCCGACCUCGAGGAGAAGGCCAAGAAGCACGCGCACGAGCUCAGCGCGCUCAUGAUCACGUACCCCUCGACGUUUGGCGUCUUCGAGGAAGGCGUCAAGGAGAUGGUCCAGCUCAUUCACGACAACGGCGGCCAGGUGUACAUGGACGGCGCCAACAUGAACGCGCAGGUCGCGCUCACGAACCCCGGCAGCAUUGGCGCCGACGUGUGCCACCUCAACUUGCACAAGACGUUCUGCAUUCCCCACGGCGGUGGUGGUCCCGGCGUCGGCUCGAUCGGCGUUGCGCGCCACCUUGCGCCUUUUCUGCCGGGCAACCCGAUCACGGUCACGGGCGGAGAGGGCGACAACGUGGUCGCCAAGGAGAACCUCUCGGUGAGCUCGGGUCCGUUCGGCUCGGCCGGCAUCCUCCCGAUCUCGUGGAUGUACAUCCACAUGCUCGGUGAAGAAGGCCUGAAGAAGGCGACGUCGCAUGCAAUCUUGCACGCCAACUACAUGGCGAAGGUGCUCGAGUCGCACUACGACAUUGUGUUCCGCGGCUCCAACGGCACGUGCGCGCACGAGUUUAUCAUUGACAUUCGCCCGUUCAAGCAGUAUGGCAUCGUCGAGGAAGACGUCGCGAAGCGUCUCCAGGACUAUGGCUUCCACAGCCCGACCAUGUCGUGGCCCGUGCCGGGCACGCUCAUGAUUGAGCCCACGGAGAGCGAGAACCUCUCGGAAAUGAACCGGUUUUGCCAGGCCAUGAUCCUCAUCCGCAAGGAGAUUGACGAGAUUGCCGCCGGCAAGAUCGCGGCUGAGGACUCGCCGCUCAAGCACGCGCCGCACACGAUCGAUGUCGUGACGGCCGAGGCGUGGGACCGCAAGUACCCGCGCGCCCAGGCUGCGUUCCCUGCGCCGUGGCACAAUGGCGGCAAGACCAAGGCCUACUGGCCGACGGUCGGCCGCGUCGACAACGUCUUCGGUGACCGCAACCUCGUCUGCUCGUGCCCGCCCAUGGACGUCUACCUUGAAGAGUAAAUCCUAGUCUCUCCUCAUGGAGGCCUCCGAAAAGCCAGCAAAAGUAGCACCCGUGUGGGACUCGAAUACAGUAAUCGUGCGUUGACAUCC